AUGAGUGCCCAGGCACCCCGGCUGCCUCAGCGCAGCGCCAGCGAGUCGAACCGCCCCCAUGAUGGGCCAGACGAUGACGACGACGACCGAUAUGAUCUGUUCGCUGGCCUAUGGCAAGAAGCACCUUUUGCUAGGCUUCCGUCCGAUGCGCCUCAUCAACUAAAUUCCUUCGUCCGCGACAUCGAAAACCCUCGCCGCGUUUACGCAAUCCACCGCGCCAGUCGUCGCCACGACUUUCAGCUCCUCGUUCAACUCUAUAUUCAUCAGCUGCGCGAUGGAUGCGGUAGCGCCACUUGCGCUACGCCUACAUGCUUGAGCUGCCGGAAGCGUCUCGCCGGAAAAUCACCCAUCCGACGAUACAAUCCUACGAGCGCCAGGACGUUGGCCGUAUAUCUCGCCAGCCAAGACAACCCGGAAAGGGGUAUCUGCCCAUCGCUGAAACGCUCCAACACUACCACCCCUGCAGUCAACAAUUUGGUAUUUUCGAAAUGCUCCAUUUCAAAACCCGUCAGCCAGAAAGAAAGCCCAAAAUCAGCCGAUGGCGAUACCCGAGACACUAGUACGAGAGCACCCAACAAGUCACAGCUCAGGCACGGCUCUCUUGAACCGCAAGACGCACAGCUGCGAGAGACGUCCAACGAUGACGCGACCAACAAAUCCGAUGCUUCACAAUCACUGACAGAAAUUUGCGUCUCGGAGCGGCCCGUUACACGAGACUAUCGGUCUUUCGCCGCCACGACGUUCGGCACUGUCGCAUUCAAGAUGAUCGAAUGGCUGACACCGAACUCGCUAGAAGCUCUAUCUCGAAAAAUAUCCUAUCUCGAUUCCUCGUCGCAACCAGGCCCAAAAGCAGCGCGUAUUCCUUCGCCCGAGAGUCGGCCAGCUACGGGCAAGGAAGCACGCGACCAUGAUGAUGAUCGAGACUCUUCGGCCCCUCCCCACAAGUCUUCGCUGCAGCCCGAUGUGCCCGGCGCUGCAGACUCACGUAGCAGUAGGGAGCAGCAGCCUACCUCGAAGCGGAAUUCUAAGCCAGCAUUCCGCUCCAAACCGACUGCUGAAACACCACGGCGCAAAUCUAUCGAACCUGUCUGCGUCACAGCCGAGACUGACAACGCUGCGCUUCACCGACCGAGUCGUAUCAACGGAUACCAUCCUGACAAGCUAUCACGGAGGACAAAGUCUCCGACUACCAUAACUUUCAAGCCCACAUUUUUCGAAAAUGUGCCUAUACCCCCAUCCGUUGCUGACGAAGUGACUGUCACUUCAUCAGACGGCGAGGAGAGUACGAAAGAAGAGUUGUCCAAGCCCACGCGGCCCGGCAGCAACCACGAACACAGACAGAAACAACAGUCGACUGAAGAAGUACAAGACGAGGAUCUCAACGACACGAAAGCCAUAGAGUGUUCGCUUCCACAGACAUUGUCACAGCUCAAUAUCGAGAUUGUUGACUUCAUCUGCGACACCUAUAUGGAGGACGAAACAUCAGAAGAUUAUUGUCAUGCCACAUUAGACAUUGACCGCAACUACCCAGAACCACUGCGUAGGCAUGAGCGUCUGGUAAGGACGCCCCAGCAGAGAGAUGCCAUGUGCAAGAAAGCAUGGAAAGAUUUCCACGAACAAACUCUCUUUAGCGUUCUCAGUGACCCAGAAGCAUUGGUUUCGUCAUUUUCCAAGGAUGGCAGAUUAUUCGACUCGCAGAGUUUGUGGUAUUGCAUGGUGCGCCUUACCAGGGCAUCGCCAAGUCUUGUUCUUCAUAGCCUGUGGUUGUCGGCGGCUAGCUUGUUCUCGUUGCCAGACACCAUCAAUCGUGGCGAAAAGGGUAAGACGCGACAGUCAUCAGUGUGUCAAGCAGAAAGCAUUGUGUCAAUAUGCUUUCACGCCCUUGUCGCACUCGUCCCGGUUGUCUCAGACUCGAAAAUAUUAUACGACCUCUCCCGCACACGCUCGCAUGGCCUCGCACUGGCGAAUAGCUGUUCAUCGUACCGCCGCUCAUCUGGCCUUUGCUUGAAAUACGACGACGCAUUUUCCAAUAGCCUAGCUUUGCGCCUAGCACGCCGGCUUUUCCUCGCCAUCACAAUUCGUCAACAGCAUAGCAAGGCGCCGCUUGGAUCCUUGCUGGAGCAGCUUGAUUUACGAAACACUGGGCUGGAGCGCAUUCUCAAAUUCACCCAAGAAGAGCGACUUUUGCAUGAAACAAGAGUACCGACUCUCCUGCUUGACUGGGCUAGGGCCGUCUUGUUGCACGAGUGGGAUGGCAAGGCUCCGUUCUACAAGGACGGUACUUUUUACGGCGCAUUAUCGUUUAUGGACACUUUUUAUUCAAACAGAAAUGUUCUGCUGUUGGGAGAAGUACAGUUUCGGGUAGAAUACUUUUCCGAACGUCUCGAUACCAUGCGUGUACCGAUUCAAUGGAUAACGACAAGGCCAACAGAUGAUGUGGGAAAUAUUCUCGACUACCCCUAUCUCUUCCGACCCGAAACUCUCGUUACGUAUUUCCGAUCCAUCAACUUUGCAUGCAUGAGCCGCACAUUCGAAGAAGCUAGCUCUUUGAAACGUCGCAUGAGCGCAAUUGUUGAUCCUGGGAGUUUGAUCACGAAUCCGCAUCACAAGGUUGUCUUGAAGGACAUGAUGAGAACCGCCGUAUCAAAGUACCUUGUUUUGGAUAUCGGCCGAACCAGUGUUCUUCGCGAUGCUUUUGAUCAGCUUUGGCGACGUCAGAAGCGAGAGUUGUUGCGUCCUCUCAAGAUUCACCUCGGCGAGGAUGCUGGCGAGGAAGGGUUUGACUCUGGCGGUGUGCAGCAAGAGUUCUUUCGUCUUGCGAUCGCGGAGUGUCUUGACCCCGUGUACGGAGCCUUUACAGUGGAUGAUAGAAAUCACAUGGCAUGGUUCAAACCCCAUUCCGCAGUCGAGGACUGGAAGUUUGAGCUCAUGGGUUUGCUUCUAUCCCUUGCAGUGUACAAUGGCUUGACGCUACCUGUCAACUUCCCCAAGGCGUUUUACCGCAAGCUGCUCAAACAACCCGUCGAUCAACUUUAUCAUAUUGCCGACGGUUGGCCUGAGCUCACAAGCGGCUUGACUACGCUCCUGGAGUGGGACGAAAAGGAUGGUCUCAUUGAGGAUAUUUUUGCGCGAACCUAUGAAUUCUCUGUUCCGGGCAUAGGCAAAGAUUUGACCAUACACAUGCUCGAGGACAAGCACAAGGAACAGCCCGGCUCGCCCAUAAGCGCCGACGCGGAUAUGUCAGAAGCCCCGUACGUCACCAACGAAAAUCGCGACGAUUUUGUCGCAGAUUACAUUCGCUACCUCACCGACUACUCUGUCCACCGUCAGUUUGACUGCUUCCGUCGCGGUUUCGUCGCCUGCCUUCCCGAAAAGUCGCUGACGCUGCUCACUCCGUCCAUUCUGCAGUCCGUCGUUGAGGGGGUGCAGGAGAUUGACAUUUCAGAGCUGCGCCGCUACACGCGCUACGUGGGAUGGGACCCAUCGCACCACACGAUUCGCGAUUUCUGGUCCAUUGUCAAGCGCUACGACGACCGCAUGAAGCGCAAGCUGCUCGAAUUCGUCACGGCCUCGGACCGCGUGCCUGUCAGUGGCCUCAAGAAUGUCCAAUUCAUCAUACAAAAGAAUGGCGAGGAGGGCGAGGGUGGCCACCUGCCGACGGCGUACACGUGCUACGGUACGCUUCUGCUACCCGAGUAUCGUGAUAAAGAGGUGCUGCGGGAGCGUCUAGCCAUGGCACUGGAGAAUGCGCAGGGCUUUGGUUUUGCGUAG